UGUUGCAUGCCUGGAUGAAUUAUACCAAAAUGUAAUUAAUAGUGAACAAAAUAUAAAAAUUAAGGAAAAAAUAAGUUAGUGAGUUUAGUGCUGAUCUUGUCAUUUGUUACUGGUAUUUGUUUUUUUUUUUGCAAGUUCUGUUGUUGUUUUUUUCUAUACCUUUUCUACGGUACUCUAUAACGGAAGCACUACGCUCUCUCGUACUCUACACUAUCUCUUAGAUUGCUGACGUGAGCAAAGUUCGUAAACAGACAGCUGUGUCUAUAUAAUAGUCUACGUGUUUGGUUUUGUAACUACACCACAAAAGUACAGAAAAUGCCUUCUAUGGAAAUUGAGAAAUACUCGUCCUCUGAGAUUGACGAUCUCUCGUACACUGCCAGAAAUUACGCAGUGUCCAAUGGACUCGUGUUCUUGAACAAUGAUGAAAAGUCAUCUGAAGCUACGACUCUUACUCAAAUCCCUGUUACUCUUUUUCCUACUGUUAUUCCUCGUGAGGCUUUUGUUGAGGCUCUCAGCGUUCAACAAGCUUAUAACAAGCUUUACGCCAAGGUCUCUAACGAUCACCGGUUUUUGGAGCGUUGCUUGAAGGACAUGUGCGGUCAGGACGAGUUCAUUUCAAAAUUGUGGAAGGUUUACGAGGAGUCUCGUGCUCAUUUUGCAACCUUGAAGAAACCUUGCCAACAACCUGUCUCCCUGGGCAUUUUCCGCUCUGAUUACUUGGUCACCGACUCAAAGGAAGGCCCUUCCUGCAAGCAAGUCGAGUUCAAUACCAUCUCCGUAUCGUUCGGUGCUGCAAGCAAGGUCGUCAAAAACAUGCACAACUAUCUGUCCGAUUAUGGCUUGUAUCAUGACCGUUUGACUCCUAACCAUCUUACCAUCAACACCUCUACGACCGGUAUCGUUAUGGGCCUGAACAAGGCUUAUUGUGUGUACAAGCAACAAGCCGAGCAAUUGCUCAAGGAACAAAACAACGAACUCCCCGACAAGACGGCUGCUCAGGUGAUCGUUUUGUUCAUUGUUGACAGAAACGAACGUAACAUUAUGGAUCAAUGUGCUCUCGAAAUUGAGCUGAACAACCGUUUCAAGGUUCCCUCAGCUCGUAUCUACUUUGACGAACUCGACAAGAGUGCAACCCUCGACAACAAGACCAACAAGCUUUUCGUCAAGGUAAAGGGAAAGGUAUACGAAGUCGCCGUUGCUUACUACCGCACUGCUUAUGCCCUUUCUGAGUACACCUCCGAGGCCGAUUGGAACGCUCGUUUGACCGUUGAAAAAUCCUUGGCCAUCAAGUGUCCCUCAAUCGCAUUCCACCUUGCUGGUUCAAAGAAAAUACAACAAGAACUUGCCGUAGAGGGUGUUCUUGAAAACUACCUGAGCGGCAAUGAGCUCAAGGCCAUUCGUUACACAUUUGCCGACAUGUACCCUCUUGAUGAGUCUGAGGCUGGUUUGAAGGGUCGUAAAUUGGCUUUGGAGUCGCCUGAACACUAUGUUCUGAAGCCUCAACGUGAGGGUGGCGGAAACAAUGUUUACGGUGCUGACAUUCCCAAGUUCUUGGAGAAGACCGAGAAGAAGAACUGGUCUAGCUAUAUCCUCAUGCGUCACAUCGAUGCCAUUCCUUCUACAAACUACAUCUUAAAGGGCAAGAAGGCUGUCAAGUUUGAAACAGUUGACGAGCUUGGAAUCUUGGGUACUCUCGUUUACAAUUCCAAGACUGGUGAGGAGUUACAAAACACUCAAGUUGGUUACAUCUGCCGUACCAAACCCAUCAAUGUCUCUGAGGGCGGCGUCGCAACGGGUUACGCUUCUCUUUCCAGCGUUCACUUGCUGGAUUAAAGACAGUUACGCAGAACAAUGUAAGGCGUAAAGUGUAUUCAUUCUUUAGCUACUCAAUAGACCGGUGAAAAUGACCCACAAAAAAGUCACCAGGAAUGCGGUACGCGGAUAGAGGGUGAUCGGAUGCAGGGUGUUGUAUAUAUAUAUGUGUGUGUAAGUGAGUAUGGUCGUUCCAAUUACAGGUAGAUUUAUGCGUUGACGGUAAGGUUUGGAAGAAAGAAAAUGCAAGACAUCAAAAACGUGGAUGGGGAAUUAAGGAUGG